GUCUGUUCUCACUUGUUUGGCUAGAUAUUUAGGCGUGUGCGUUUGUGGUCGGGCGCUUCUUCCUCUGCAGUUGGAUAAUAAUAAUAUCUCCGCCCAUUGUUCUUAACUUCUUAUUACAGUUUUCUUAGCUGGAGAAGGCACUAAAAGCGUGAGAAAUGGCGGCGGUAAAUGCUUCGAUGAUUGCAUCUUCCGGACAACCUUUUCUAGGCGUGCAGUCCGUUUCUAAUAGUAAUACAAGUCCAUCUGUUCCAAACAUGCUUGCUAGCAGUUUUGUUGGUUGUCGGUUGCCAAGGUGUUCCCCUAAUAAGAAGAGAAUUGUCAAGAUUAUUGGGAAAGUGAGAGCUGUGGCAACUGUUGCGACAAGUCCUAUUGAGGAAAUCAAGGAGUUUACCCUUCCUACAUGGGCACUGUUUGAACUGGGCAAGUCACCCGUAUAUUGGAAAACGAUGAAUGGUCUUCCUCCUACCUCUGGGGAAAAGCUAAAGCUCUUCUAUAAUCCAGCUGCAAAUUACCUUGUUCCAAAUGAAGAAUUUGGAAUGGCUUUUAAUGGAGGUUUCAAUCAGGCCAUAAUGUGUGGUAAGCCCAGGGCAAUGCUUAGGAAAAACAGGGGCAAAGCUGAUCCCCCACUAUAUACCAUCCAGAUAUGCAUUCCUAAGCAUGCUCUGUCCUUGAUCUUCUCAUUCACAAAUGGAGUAGACUGGGACGGUCCUUACAAACUACAAUUUCAAGCUCCAAAGUCUUUGCGAAACAAACCAAUUGACUUUUUCAACGAGGCUCUAGCGGCAGAGUUAAGUAAAGAAGGUGCAUGUGAUAGAGCAAUCUUUCCAGAUACAGAACUUGCAGUCACAAGAUGUGCUAUGAUCGGAAAUUUGAUGGUUGAAGGGGGGGAUCGUUGCGAUCUCAAUCUCAUACCAGGAUGCACAGACCCUAGCUCCCCCUUUUAUGACCCACUUGCCAAUGUAGAUGAUGGCUCCUGUCCACUUGAUUAAGAAUCUGGUGAAUAGUAUCUUCCACUCCCUAGCUAUACUCAGUCUCAGCUCGCAUGUAGAUAUAUAAUGGAAGCAUGUACAAGUAGCCAAGCUUAGAAACGCAGCAUUGAACAGGGCAAAACAAGAUAUUGUUUGGUUAGCUAGAAAGCAAGUAUUCUAAUGUAAAUACAACAUUGAGCAGGGCAAAAAUGAUAUUGUUUGGUUAGCUAGAAAGCAAGUAUUCUAAUGUCAUAGCCCAGAAAAGCAAAAGUUACUACUGUCAUCACUGCCAACUAUCAGACUGGUUUUUCAAUAUCUAGAAUGGCUAAUGAUACCUUAUAUUAUUGCUUUA